AUGAAAAAUAUAUUACCGGUGUUCUGCUGUACUCUGACCUAUAGACAGUCGCAAGCAGGGCAACUGGCCACCACCAUUUUUUUGGUUGUGCCAGCAAGCACAUGCAAUUGCAAACCUGCCAAAGCCACUUUCAUGUGCAUGCUGCUCAUGCUGGUGCCAUCUGCACGUGCAUGGGGCACCGCAGCUUGGAACAACCCAGAACAACUAGGGACAGAGUUUUCAUUUCAGAAUGGCCUCAUGCCUUCCCAAGGAUUGGCCCGCCCACUUCAUGAUCCGGCCCAACUCAUAGACAUGAUGAGGGUGCAGCAGGAGAUGUUGAGGGUGCCGCAGGAGAUGUUGAGGUCUGUACAGGAGAUGUUGACAUCCCAGGAAAAGAGCCAUGUUGCUUUCCGGGAUUGCGUCUUGCACAAUCAAGCGGACCUGCUGGCGCAGGUGAACAGUUUAAGGCAACAGCUGGGCAACAAGAGCCUCGUGAAAGUGGUUUAUUUGCCCGACGACUGCCCUUCCCUGCCCGUCAACAGCCUGGAUGACCUGAGGGCCUUGAACGUGUACCUUGAAGCAAGAGACAAGCUUCAGCACAUGGUGGAUUACUACAGCCAGAAGGGAGGCACCGACAAAAAUGCCGACACGCGGGCCUUGCUGACCUGCCUUGUCCACAACGAUGUGGCUGCACGUUGCAGUUGGAAAGGGUCAAAAGGGCGCAAGGAGCCUUUGAUGAACUGAAAAAUAUAAUGACCCUGUUGCUCGGCAAACUAUGCAGACUUAACCGAGGCGACAAUUCAAGACGUGACGAAGAGGUGGCUCUGGUCGUUUGUCGACCGGGAUGGUGGGCGGAGCAAGAGGCGCCAUGUGGAAAGUGAAAAUGUUCAAUAAACAUCGUACCAGAAAA